CACUCUUCACUCUCUUCUCUUCUCUUUUCUCGUCGCUUGUCUAAGUCUUAGAUCGUGCUCCGCCAAUUCCAAAAACCACGAUGGAAACAUUGUCAGCUCUGCUUGGCUUGCUUACUUGCAUACUCUGGGCGGGUCUCUUUGUCAUACCUUCGCUUGGACAGAAUGUGACGUUCACACGCGGACAAAAGUUUCAAAUCAUAUUACUAGGUGUACCAGACAUGUCCAAAAUGCCUCUUCCACCAACGGACGCUCCGGUUUGGGACAUCGAUCUCUUUGAUAGCCCGGCGUCAACAAUAAAGGGUUUGAAAGCAGCGGGCAAGAUCGUGAUUUGCUAUUUCAGCGCCGGGACUGGGGAAGAUUGGAGGGAAGACUACAGAGACUUUCCAGCUGUAGAUAUGGGCAAGGUACUGCCAGAGUGGCCGAAUGAGAAGUGGCUACGUACAGGUAGUCAACAGAUUCGAAACAUAAUGACGAAGCGUAUCAAGCUAGCUGCUGAUAAAGGAUGCGAUGCAAUAGAUCCGGACAACACAGAUGGAUAUCAAAAUGACAAUGGCUUAAAUCUCAAAAAUACUGACGCGAUCGACUACAUGCGAUGGAUGCAAAAAGAAGCCGCGAAGUACAACAUGAAGAUUGGUCUUAAGAACAGCUUAGACAUUGUCAACGACCUGGCGCCAAUCAUGGAUUUUGCAGUCAACGAGCAAUGUGCACAGCUAGGCGAGUGCCAGGUGUAUGCAAAUUUCGUCGCACUGAACAAGCCAGUCUUUCACAUCGAAUACCCCAAUCCGCUGAACGCACAAGCGGCUAAUGGCGUGUCAUGCAAAGGACCAGGAGUAGCUGCCCUGAGCACAAUUCUGAAGGAUUUGCAGUUGAAUGGAAUCACUUAUUAUUGCGACGGUAGCUAUGCCGAUACGCCAACCCUUGGGGGUACAUCGCCUCCAAGACCGACUCCCUCGCGACGACCUACCCCAACGCCACCGAGACCAACUCCACCGAGACCAAGUUCGACAACGCUGCGACCCACCCUAACGCCAAGCCGUACAUCAUCGACACAAACACCAACGACUACACCCGGAGGUGGUGGAGGAACGUGUAAGCAGAAACAUUGGGAUCAGUGUGGUGGAAGAGAUUGGAAGGGGUGUACAGUUUGCGAGUCACCGUAUACUUGCAAAGGGGUGUCGCCUCCAUAUUAUUAUCAGUGCUUAUAGAUAC